AUGAAAAUAGAGACCAUAGUUGAUCACAUGCAGAAAAUAUAUGGUCUUCAGUUCUACUACACCAAGCUGUAUAGGGCACGCAAGAUUGCCCUAGAGAUUAAUGAAGGAAGCCAUUCCACGUCAUACGAAAAAUUACCUGCUUAUUCUAGGUUGGUACUUCAGAAGGAUGUUGGGAGUAUUUUUAAGCUCCAGGUUGAUACCAGGAACCGUAUGUCAAAUAAUCCAAUUUUUAAAAAAUUGUUUGUCUGUUUUGAUGCUUGCAAGAAGGGUUUCUUAAGAGGAUGUAGACCGUUCAUUGGUCUUGAUGGCUACCACCUCAAAGGCCGAUAUGGAGGGGUUCUAUUGAACGCAAUAUCUGUUAAUGGGAACAACGGUAUUUUUCCUAUUGCACAUAAUGUAGUUGAAGUUGAGUGUAAGGAUAGCUGGAUGUGGUUUCUAGAUAAUUUACGAGAUGCUCUACUCGAUGACAGUGAUGAUAUGUCACUCACAUUCAUGUCAGACAGACAAAAGGGGUUGUCAGUUGUGAUUUCCACAAUCUUUCCUUAUGCUCACCAAAGAAUUUACAAUAGGCAUCUAUAUCAAAACCUGAAGGCAAAGCACCCUGCUUCUAUAUCAUACAUAAGGGGAGAGUUAGUUAACUAUUGUGAUCCAUUUUUCAGUAUUAGAAAAUACUUGGAUACAUACAAAGAGAUGAUCCAUCCACUUCUAUAUUUGGUAGUGUUGAAGGAUGAUGCUCCUAAUGAGAGAGUACUACCACCAAAUUUAAAGAGGUUAUCAAGUAGACCUCACAAAAUCAGGAAAAGAGAAGCAGGAGAAGCACUUCCUUCAGAUUUCAUGAAGAGAUCAUCAUCAAUUAGGUGUGACAUCUGCAAGAAUGAAGGACACAAUAGGAGGACAUGCCCGAGGGCUGGAGAUGCUGAGCUGGAUGGAUGUUGUGAUGAAAUAUGUUGA